GGAAGUAGUUGAGGAAACGGUACACACGUGUUUUCGUGCAGAUUUGAAGGUUACAGAAGAAGCAGCGGGUAGGAUCUUUGUCGACUGUCCGCCGGAGAGGGUCACCAGGACGGAGUGUGUGUGGUCAAAGCCGGGUGAGAGCAGCCGUGAAGCGCAGACAUGGAUCCCAUGAAGGCACAGCAGCUAGCGGCCGAACUGGAGGUGGAGAUGAUGGCUGACAUGUACAACCGAAUGACCAACGCCUGCCACAGGAAGUGCGUACCACCACAUUACAAGGAGGCAGAACUGACGAAGGGGGAGUCGGUGUGCCUGGACAGAUGCGUGGCCAAAUACCUGGACCUUCACGAGAGGCUGGGACGCAAGCUGACAGAGCUCUCAGUCCAGGAUGAGGAAAUGAUGAGGAAGGCAGCCGUUGGGAGCGGAUAGAGCGGACACUGAUGAAAGAAAUUACGUGGGGAAUUACUAGGUUGCGGGAUGGGGUUAGCAUAUCUAUGUUCUCUAAAGUGAGAGACUGGUGUUUUAAUGUAACGGGUGGGUAAAUAAAAAAAAAAAACAAAACAAAACAUAAAAUUAAAGUUGGGGUCCACUGAGACAAACUGCCUCCUCUGCUGCAGUAGAGGAUGAUUAAAACAGAUCGGUUCGGAGGAGGCACCGGAGCUCUUGGUGGAACAGCGGCAUAUCUUGAAACUGCUCAGAGUGAUCCACCAGCCUCUCUGGAUCAGUCACAUUUGUUUUACUUUCAGCCUGGCCUGGUCCUCAAGAAGUGACUGGAAAGAAGAAAGACCCAGGACAUGUAACAUUAUUUCUAAGUCAUACUUUGUGUUUGUUUUCAGCUGCUCAGCUCAGAAACUCAAAUACUUUGUUGUUACUGUUGAAACUUUGUGGUGCCAAUCAUUUGGCACUUGCAGCAAGUUAAAACAAACACUAAGACUAAUUUGAAAUUAACCUUUGAUCCCAAAUCAUCCUUUGACCUAGGGUGAUUUGUUUUUCCUUUUCCUUUCCAUUUUUUGAAAGAUUGAAAGUAAACAUGGGCCCUUUUUGUAAUGUUGCAACACAACAUGAUAUUGAAGUAGAGAUACAUUUUUCACAAUUACAGACAAAGUAGUGUCACUUCUGUUCAAAACCUCAAAAUACUGCAAAUCAAAUAAGUAGGAUCAGGGUCAUGCACUGAAUUAUGUAUGGCUGUAUGGUGUGAGCUGAAAUGUCUUUUUAUACAACACGCUAUGCAGAGUUUACUUUUUUUUUCAGUGCUGAAGUAACUACGAUACAGGAAGCAUAGCGGGGUCAUUGUGGUUACAUAGGUGUGUGUUAGUGAUGAACUGGACUUUGCUCAUUUGUCAUGCCUGUGUUGACUGUUGUGCUGUAUGUCAGUGGACCAUGCUUUUGACUGAUGUUUUUUUCCCUUUCUGUGAACCACUGUGACACUGCUUUUUAUCUGCGUAUUAGGGAAGCUACAGUGUUUCAUUGGUAAUUACUCUAAUUAAACAAAAUCACACGUUAUCCAAA